AUGACCAUUCGCACCAUUUUCCAUGCAAAACAACCAUUUCCAACAAUUUCCAAUAACAACAACAACAACAAUACGAAACCCCGCCGUACACGUUCACUUGUCUUCGCAGACUCGCCCGUCAGAGACCUGGUUAGUAGCGCCAUCUUGCGGCUACAGGAAGACUCGGUGCUCCACAUGAUCAAGGAUCAUUGGUGGAAGCAGAAAGCGCCCGCCGCGUGCAGCGGCGCCGAGGAGAAAAACAAACAAGAGGCUAACGAGUUGGAUCUGUCGACGCUAGGUGGCGUGUUUGUGCUACUGGUUGGCGGACUUGGGCUCGCUGUUGUCAUUGGCUUGGUCGAGUUCGUGUGGAAGGCGAGACAGUUCGCGGACAACGACCAGCGCCCUCUGUGCAUCGAACUCGCCGACCAAUUGAAAUUUGCCGUCAAGUGUCGCCGCACGCAAGACAAGAGACCGCCACUACGCAAGCGACCCAGCGUGGAGAAGUUCCUCGAU